CGUAGCUUCAACUCCAAUCCCCAUUUUUUUUUAAAAGAAGAACUCCAAUCCCCGCCGCCGCCGCCGUUCCCCGUCUCGCUCCGCCGCUGGAGCCACCACCCUCCUCCUCGACCGGCUCUUCCCCGCACAACUCCUCCAUCGACCGUCUCUGUGUCGACUUGGACCGAAGCCACCGCCGGAUCUGCUCCCUGCCGCUGCCGCCGGCCCAUAGAGGAUCUCAUCCUCGUCCGGCCAGCAGGCGGCGAUGGCAGCGAGGGCCCUCGGGCUCGCCGGCCGAGCACUCCUGCGACCGCUCGCCUCACCAGGCGCCCAGCGCCUGCUGUCAACUGACAAGGGCCCACUGCAGGGCCUCACGAACGCCGGUGAUCCGAUGAGCCGCCUCAUCAUGCAAGCACGGAACCAGACUGACGGCGGUUUUCCCCGUCACUUUGCUGAGAACGGAUUCACAGCCGGUGGUGGCAGGAUGGGUGGAAACGGAUUUACAGCUGCUGAUGGCAGGAUGGGUGUUAAUGGAUUCACAGCUGGUGAUGGCAGGAUGGGUGGAAACGGAUUCACAGCCAUUGGUGACAGGAUGGGUGGAACCGGAUUCACUGCCGGUGAUGGCAGGUCCGGCCGGUUUAACAUGGAAAUGCUGCGGCCAGCAGGGGCUCCGCGAGUAAAGAGGGACGUUCUCCACGUCACGCUCAAGGGGAAGAAGACCUUUGUGACUGUGACGGACGUCAAAGGGAACAGGAAGGCUGGGGCUUCCGCUGGCUGUUUGGAGGAUCGAAAGGGGCGGUCUCGUCUUGCUCGGUAUGCUGGUGAAGCAACAGGGGAACACAUGGGGCGAGUUGCCAGCAAGAUUGGCCUCAAGUCGGUCGUUGUGAAGGUGAAAGGAUACUCCUUUUUCAGGAAGAAGAAGAAGGUGAUCAUGGGCUUUGCGGAUGGUUUCCGGGGCGAAAGAGUGAGGACCCCGUCUCCUAUCAUGCAUGUCCACGACGUGACCCAGCUCGCGCAUAAUGGAUGCCGGCUGCCCAAAAAGGUAAGGAAGUAAGACUGAUAAUAGCCCCCAGCAAGAAGUGUGGAGAUCAAUAUCCUGCCUCCAAGGAGAAGCAAAGAACGAUAUGUAUGUAUCGACUGGUUUCGUAAUAAUAUCAUCAGCCUGGAAGUAUUUAUGAAUACUUAUUACACAGUCUUAGAUCGCGGCUUUUGUAAGUCAAAACCAUUUUGUCAUUUCCUGUAAUGUUGCUGAGGUGAUGGAUUUGUUUUGAUAUGACGUGGUUGCAUGA